GUCAAAUGAUUUUUAACCAAUCAGGAAAUCAAGAAGAUAUUUAGGUGUUUGUGGAACAAUUCAUUCAUUUAAAUGGAAGUUAUAUGGUAAAAUUUGAAGGAGUUCGUGGUCUUAGUUACCAAGGCGACAUUGCUAUUGACGCAAUUAGUUUUAAACCGGGCAGAUGCUCUUCAAAAACACCUAAGCCAACGACAGCAACAACAAAAAAACCGGCAACCUCAUUGGCAGAGACAGUUCAAUGCAAUUUUGACAAUGGUACGAUGUGCUUAUUUAUAAACGCAAAGAAUGAUGAAUUUGAUUGGACAUUGCAAAAUGGAAAAACAGCAAGUGACAAUACUGGACCUUUAGCAGAUGUGUCUGGAUACGGUUACUACAUCUAUAGUGAAGCAUCAAACCCUAGAAAAAAGGGCGAUAAAGCAAAUCUUGUUAGUCCAAAGCUCAAGAGUGGUCAGUGGUGUUUAACAUUCUCCUACCAUAUGUUUGGUAGUGAUAUUGGAAAACUAAAUGUUCAUAAUGACAACAUGGGUGAUUGGCAAACGAUUUUUACGAAAUCUGGUAAUCAAGGAAACCAAUGGAAAAGAGCAGAAAUUGACGUAAAUCUUCUAAACAGCUCUUCUAUAAUAUUUAGCACCACGCGAGGAAAUGGUUGGCAAGGAGACAUUGCUUUGGAUGAGAUCUCUUUAAUUUAUAUCAAAUGCCCAACUACGCCAACACUUCCACCAGGAUCAUGUGGACAAAAAGGACCAGGUCUAAGUGACAUAGCCAAGAUCGUCGGAGGCCAAAACGCCCGUCCGGGUGAAUGGCCAUGGCAGGUCGCUCUUGUGAAAAAAAACUUCUUGACCUGCUGUGGCGCUUUGGUAUCCAAUCAGUACAUUAUCACAGCAGCUCACUGUGUCAAGGCUUCUGAUUGGAGUCGAGUAAAGGUAAGACUAGGGGAGCACAACACAUACUUUCGAGAAAGACAUGAACACGACAUGGACAUAAUGACAAAUGGAAUCACAAUUCAUCCUCAGUACAGCAAAACAACAUUGGAUUAUGAUAUUGCAAUUAUUAAACUGAAGAAAUCAGUUAGUUUCACAACAAAAAUAAAACCCGUCUGCCUAAAUACAGGAAUCGAUUUUACAGGACAAAGAUGUUACAUUACUGGUUGGGGAAAACUUCGAAGUGGAGGAUCGACACCAAAGAUCUUGCAAGAAGCUCAAGUUCCCAUUGUGACAAUAGAAGAAUGCAAAAGAAUUUACAAAAGCAAGAUAACAGAUAGAAUGUUAUGUGCAGGACUUGCCAAUGGAGGUGUUGACACAUGUGCGGGAGACAGUGGAGGUCCACUGGUCUGUGAGCACCGUGAUGGUUCAUGGUAUCUAACUGGUAUCACUAGCUGGGGACGAGGUUGCGCUAAAUAUUACGGAGUCUACACUCAUGUUGCUAAUCUUUAUUCCUGGAUUACACAAAUUACUGGACUUUAGACUCCUUUAAUUUGAAUAACUUUAAAUGGUAAAAGAUCUACACUUUAAGCAAAGACGAAUAUCAAACUGCAAUUAAAAAACGUUGAACAAAAUUAAUGUGAUUUAUUUCUAUUACAAUUGUGCUUUUUGGUUAAUAAUAAUAAUAUUUAUGAAGUAUAUGAAUUAUUUGCAGAAUUUUCUGUAUUUUCUGUAAUAUAUAUUAAUAUAUCUGGAA